AUGUAUGCUCUUUUGGUAGGUCUUAGAGCUUGGAGCCACAGAUUGUCAUCUCGUCAACUGGUCGUUUACGUAGAUAACGACGCGGUAAGGGGUGCAAUUGCAAAUUCCUACGAGAAGCUAGGUGCAGUUGGAGUGAUGCUCGACUGCAUAAAUAGUCUCGAAGCUUGUCACCAGUUCUUGAUGUGGAUAGCAAGGGCGCCGUCGAAGUCGAAUGUAGCAGACGGACCUUCUCGAGACGAGACCAGAGCCUUGACUGAGAUCGGCGCCGUGCGUAUUGACUUUCCACUUGACCUCGCGCCUUUUCGUGGGCUUCCUGAAGUGGGGGAGGACGUUGAGCCCCGCUGA